AGCAGCCGCCGAAGCCAGAGCGGGUGACAAACCGGGAGGGAAGGAAGGAGGGAAGGAGCCGCGGGGACCUGGGUGGGUGGCCGAAAGAGUCCCUCUGCUGCUGCUGCCGCCGCUGCCCAGCGUGCGAAGAUGAUGGCGUGCACGGAGAUGCUGACGAUGUGCCUGCUCUCGGCCAAGCACACCUACGGCCCCAAGCCCACCGAGCCCUCCUCGCCGCACUUUGGCCAGGGACUGGCCAUCUUCCACGAUAUUUUUCGACGAGCUGACAAGAAUGAUGAUGGGAAGCUGUCAUUUGAAGAGUUUAAGAACUGUUGUGCUGACGGUAUCCUGAGCUCUGAAGAACUGUGGGAGUUGUUCAGCGGCAUUGACAGGCGUCAUUCAGACAAUUUGGAGACUGAAAAGUUGUGUGGUUAUUUCUCAGAACAUCUUGGAGAGUACAGGCACGUUCUGUCUGCUUUGGAGCAGCUCAACAUUGCUGUCCUGUCGGCCAUGGAUAAAACCAAAAUGGAAUAUGAGAGCUCCUCUAAGAUGGAACAGUUUAUGACCCGCUUUCUGCUGCGUGAGACAAUGAACCAACUGCAGUCUCUGCACGUUUCGCUGGAAUGUGCUGCAGACACCAUUGAAGAACAAGCUGGCCGGGAAAGGACUGAAGUGAAGAAAUCAGAAGUGUCUGUUGGCCCACGUGCUGUGAAAAGAUGUGGCCGUAGGGCCCAGAAGAACAUCUGCUUGUCUCCUACAGAUCCUUAUUCAGGGAUGCUGACCACAGGUGUUUGCGUGGAAGUGGACAGUCAGUGGACAACUGAGAUGAAUCGGCUACAGCAGCUCAUUGAGAAGCUGGAAUGUCAGAGUCCGAGGCUGGAGCCUCUGAAAGAGGACAAUGUCUGCAAAGAAAGAGAUUCUCACAUCCUGGUGGCACAGAGGGAGAUCUCAGUGACGGAAAAUGGAUUAGAGGCAUUUCGCCAAGCUCUCCAGUCCUACACAGAAAUCACAGCCAGACAGAGCAGCUGCCUACAUGUGUCUGCCCACAAACUGACAAGCGAGGCAUGCUUCAUCCUCUAUGAGUUCUGGCAAGAUGUGCCUUCAUGGAGAAGCCAUCUGCAAUCUAAUUGCAGCAAGAAGUUCCAGCGAAUCCUCAUUGACUUAUUGGAUUCUCCAGAACUCUUGACCACCAUGUUGUUUCCAGCUUCCUGGUGGAUCAUGAACAACAACUGAUCUCCUCUGGCAUUUCUACAAAGCAACCAGCAUGCUGAUGGAUCAAAUGUUAUCCUUCAAAGGCAGCCUCCCUUCCUGGGUUGUUAUUCUCCAUCCCCAACUGCUUCCAUGCCUCUUUCCUCCUCUAUAUUCUCGUGGAAUGCUUUUAUCUUCAUUUCCUCAGUAGCUGUAGGAAUGGGAGAGCACUUCGGAUCGCACCCUGCCAUCAUUCCUGAAUGUUAUUUGCACCCCUCUACUAUGUCGACAUAGAACUUUCACACAGAAUGAUGUCAUAGCCUUGCUAGCCUUUCUGGCUAUGCAAAUGGUGUAUGACAGAAGCACAGCGGGAUGGGGAUACAAAACCAUCUAGUGAUGGUACACAAAGGGAGGAUAGUUCUAAAGGACUGUUGUAGAGCUGUGAGACCGAAGUUAUAAU